AUUGAGUUUUACUUAAUUAGUAGGGUUACAUAUUUCCUUAAAAGAGUAAACAUCUCAAACUCUCUGCAAUGAAACUUGUUCAGUUUCAACUUCUUUUCACAAGCUUACUUUGAUGGAUUCACUUACAACUUGAAGUAUUCAAGAUAUUUGAAGUUAGAUUGUGAAUGUAAUGAAGAAAUACCUAAUACAAUAUGUAAGUUGUAUAAUUCGGAGACACUAUUGUUGGAAUGUAGAAGCGUAACUCCAACUGAUAUAGGAAAUUUAAUUAAGCUGCAACAUCUUAGUGUUCCUAAGUAUUCAUUACAAGAGAUGGCAUUGCAAUUAGGCAAGCUACAAAAUCUGCAAAUGCGGGGAGUCUUCGGAAUCAGGGACCAGAAAAUGUGAGCAGCCUUGAGGAGGUUUCAGAUGCAACAUCUUAUCUUAGAAGGUAUACAAAAAGAAAAAAAGCACAAAAGCAUCAACACAACACUGCUACACUCAAUCUCAAACACUGUUUGCUACAAUUUCUGUUUGUUUGAAGAUCUGAUCUGAUGGCUGCUGAAUUGGUUGGAGGAGCGCUUCUCUCUGCUUUCCUUGCUCCGUUGGUGGAAAAGUUAGCUCAUGAGGUCAAGGACUUCUUCAAAGGGAAAGAUGCCAUUCUCAAGCUGGUGAAGGAGUGCUUAUUAAUUUGAUCAAAAGGUUAAUCUCUACUCUACUUGUUAAGGCCUUUCAAAUGAAUAGCUUCCAUUUAAAGUGAAUGUGAAUGUGAAUGAACAUAUUGUAAACACAACACAAGCUCUUACUCUAAAUCAUGUUCAGAAUCGUCAGGCUUCUGUCUUAACCUUGGAUUUGCUGGGCUAUAUACAAACUUGGAUGAUGCUUCUCUAACUUCACUCGCUCUUGUUUCUAACCACCAUUGCUAUCUUUGUGUGUGUAUCUAUCUAUAUUGUAUCAAAGAUUGCAAAACUUUGAUUCAAUAGCUGUUAUUAUUUAUAUAAUUAAAUAGUGUUGACUAUCAAAUUUAUGUAUAUUAAUUAAAAUGAUCAAAUCUCAAAGUUUGAUCUCUUCUAUUUAUUUAUAUAAUAUAAUCAAAGACGUGAAGGCACAUGUAAUUACUUAUAAUUAGCCAUGCAGCUACCACCACUCAUAUUCAAUUAACAUAUAAUUAGUUAAAUCAAACAAACUCCUAAUAAUCAAAUUCAUAUAUGUUUUUGAAUUAUUGCUUUGUGUUCAUCAAUCAUUCAAUCUUUUCUGCAAUCCUUUUCUGAGUUCUGAAGAUUUGAUAUGGCUGAAUUGGUUGGAGGAGCUCUUCUCUCUGCUUUGCUCAAUCCAUUGGUGAACAAGUUAACUACUGAGGUGAAGGACUUCUUCAAAGGAAAAGAUGCCAUUCUCAAGCUGUUGAAGGAGUUCAAAACCUUGCUGUCCUCUGCUGAUCUACUGCUCAUUGAUGCUGAGGAGAAGCUUAUCAAAGACCCAAGGGUAAGGAAGUGGCUUGAUGAUCUCAAGGAUGUAAUUUAUGAUGCAGACGACUUGGUUUACAAGAUCGACACUGAAGCAUGGCGAAACGAACUUGAAGGUGGUGGUCCUUAUGAAUCUCAUAGCGGCUGCAGUUGUACUAGUAAGGCACUCAUGAGACUCAUCUCAACAAAUCCUUUAACUUCUUUUGAUAAGGCCAUAAAACCUGAGAUAGAAGAGACACUUGAGAAAUUGAAGCUUCUUCUAGACAACAAAGAUCUUGGUUUGGAACGUGUAAAAAAUCAUAAGAAGCCAGAAAGGGUAUGUGGUCCUUUGGUGGAAGAAUCUGAUGUUUAUGGAAGGGAUGCUGAUAAAGAAGCUAUUAUUAAGUUUCUUUUAUCGGAUGACACAAUUGGUGGUGACAAAUUGUCAGUGAUCCCCAUAGUGGGGAUGGGUGGUAUUGGAAAGACUACUCUUGUUCAACUUGUAUACAAUGAUGAGAGAGUCAUGAAUACAAUAUUCGAUACCAGAGUCUGGGUUACUGUGGGAGACGAUGACAAAGUCAACAGCUCGAAUGUGAUCAAAACAAUUAUUGGGAAGGUCACAUCUGCCAAAUGUGAAAUUGAAGAGGAGUAUGAAGUUUUAAAUGAAGUCAAAAAGGUUUUGACUGGGAAGAAGUUUCUCAUUGUUCUCGAUGAUGUUUGGGAUGAAGAUAGCAGCAGAUGGGAUGUCAUUAAAAGUACUUUAGUAAGGCUGAUGUUGCUAAUAUGUAUAUGUAUAUUCAUAAUUAAAGAUCACUACAACACAACACUGCUACUCUCACACAGUACUACUGUUUGUUGUGUUAGUAUUCUCUCUUUUGCAAUUACUAUUUGUUGGAAGAUCUCAUCUCAUCUUAUGGCUGCUGAAUUGGUUGGAGGAGCGCUUCUCUCAGCUUUCCUUGAUCCGUUGGUGCAAAAGUUAGCUUCUGAGGUCAAGGAUUUCUUCAGAGGAAAAGAUGUCAUUCUCAAGCUGGUGACGGAGUUGAAAACUUUGUUGUGCUCGGCUGAUCUGCUGCUCAUUGAUGCUGAGGAGAAGCUUAUCAAAGACGCCAGAGUCAGGAAGUGGCUUGAUGAUCUCAAGGACGCCAUUUAUGAUGCAGACGACUUGGUUUACAAGAUCGACACUGAAGCAUGGCAAAACCAAUUGGAAGGUGGUCAUCAUGAAGAUCAUAGCGGCUGCAGUUGUACUAGUAGUAAGGUGCUCAUGAAACUCAUCUCAACUCGUUUAACUUCUUUCGAUAAGAAAAGAAAAGUUGAGAUAGAAGAGAUGAUUGAGAAAUUGAAGCUUCUUCUAGACAAUAAAGAUCUUGGUUUAAAACAUUUGGAAAAACAUAAGCUUCCAGAGAGGGUAUGUGCUCCAGCUCUAGAAGAAUCUGAUAUUUAUGGAAGGGAUCAUGAGAAAGAAGAGAUUAUUAAGUUGCUUUUAUCGGAUGAAACAACCGGUGGUGACAAAUUAUCUGUGAUUCCCAUAGUGGGGAUGGGCGGGAUUGGAAAGACUACUCUUGCUCAACUUGUUUUCAAGGACGAAAGAGUCAACACCAUGUUCAAUACGAAAGUAUGGAUUACGGUGGGUGAUGACAAAGUGGACUGCAUGAAAGUGAUGAAACUAAUUGUGGAGAAGGUCACUUUGGAAAAAUGUGAAAUUCAGGAUCCAUAUGAUCUUCAAGAAGAAGUAAAGAAGGCUCUGAGUGUGAAGAAGUUUCUGUUUGUUGUUGAUGAUGUUUGGGAUGAGGACCGUGCCAAGUGGGAUGUCCUAAACAAUUGUUUCAAAUCGGGAAAACAUGGAAGCAAGAUUAUUGUGACAACACGGAGCACAGUUGUUGCAUCGAUUAUGAAAACUGGGUCAACUUAUCAACUAAGAGGAAUAAAUGAGGCUGCUGGCUGGCGAUUAUUUGCAAAGCAUGCUUCACUUGUUGUGGACUCAAAUGAUUACUUAGAUCUCAAGCAAGUUGGAGAAAAAAUAGUUGACAAGUGUAAGGGUCUUCCUUUGGCAGUAAAGUCAAUGGGUCUUCUGUUACGAGGGAAGCAGAAGAAGGAGGAAUGGAUCAACAUCCUAAACAGUGAUUUAUGGGAGUUGUAUGAUAGAAAAAAAGUUGAUAUUCUUCCAGCUUUGUGGUUGAGUUAUUUUAAUCUACGCCCAGAAUUAAAGCAAUGUUUCGCUUACUGCUCCCUAUUUCCAAAAGAUUAUCAUUUCAGAAAAGGGGAGAUGGUGUUGUUAUGGAUGGCCGAAGGUCUUUUACAGUCUUCAAAUGAAAAGAGAGUAGAAGAAGUUGGAGAAGAGUAUUUCGAAGAUCUAAUUUCUAUGUCAUUUUUUCAACCAUCAAAUAAAUACUAUGAGAUGGAGUCAACUUUUCUCAUGCAUGAUCUUAUUCAUGAUUUGGCGAUAUUUGUUUCUGGUGAGUUUUGUUAUAUGAUGAAUAAUAUAAAUAUUCUGACAAGGCUCGUCAUUUUUCGUACAUGCAAGAGUGUGCAAAAGUUGAUGACGUUAAGGAAUUUGAGGAGUUAUGUAAAGCCAAAUGCUUGCGCACCAUAUUGUGGGAACAAUGUUCAAGACAUCAGCUAA